CUUCAAGUGCUUUCCUUGGUGCCGGGUGGCCCGGGCGGGGGCGGCUGCGGCCUGCAGGGCCCUUUCCUGCAGUUUAUGUGGGAGGAUUCUGAUAACAGCAGCACGCCAACACACAAGCCAAAACUGCUUGCUCUUAGUGAAAAUUAUGAACUGCUUAUCUAUGAAUUUAAUUUGAAAGAUGGAAGAUGUGACGCAGCUGUGUUAUAUAGCUGUAGUGUGAAGACUCUGCAAAAGCUCAUUGAAGAUCAAGAUAUCAAUUUUUCCUUACUGUCUUUGAGAAUUUUGUCAUUUCACAGUAACACAUCGUUACUGUUCAUCAACAAAUGUAUCAUCCUUCAUGUUGUGUUUCCUGAGGGAGAUGCUGAGAUUAGAGCACUCUGUUGUUUUACAUUACCCUUGCCGGCACAGACAAUAGACACCAUCAUUGACUCACAGGUCUGCAGAGGAAUUCUUUUUGUUUUGAGUAGUUUAAGCUGGAUCCAUAUUUUUGACACUGUGGAUGGCACAUAUGUAGCUUAUGUGGAUUUAACACUUCACCAAGAAGAUAUGUACAAUAAACAGCAACAGACACCAGCCAAUUUUACCUCAAUGGAAGUGUCUCCAGAUCUGGAUGUUAUAGUGAUUGUCAGCUCCCCCAACUCUGCAGUUGCUCUUAACCUAAAUUUAUAUUUCAGGCAACAUCCAGGAUACUUACUAUGUGAAAGAACACUAGAAGACCUUCCUGUUCAAGGACCUAAGGGGAUCGAUGAAGAUGAUCCUAUUAACUCUGUUCACAGCUUGAAACUGACCAAGUUUUCCUUCCAGGUUGAUAGGUCUUGGAAUGCCCAGCUAUUAGCAUUGAAUGAAAGAAUAAAGAGCUCCAAACUAGAGAUUUCUUCUUGUGAUCCAUGGUUCCAGGAUAUUUUGCAUUUGGAGUCCCCUACAUCUGGCAAUCAUGGUACUGGUGUGCCGAGCUGGGUUUUUAUUUCACAGGACAUAAUGUGGGACCAGUAUAAUCUUCCACAGAGAGAUCAUGCCAGGACCAAUGAUCCUGGAAGAUCAUUGAAGAUAAUGCACCUCCAUGAACAAGAGGAACUCGCAGAGCUUAAGUGUGUGUCCGUGACAGGAUUCACUGCACUGUUUAUCUGGGCAGUGGAAACGAGUGACAAGUACACCAUUCUCCUCUGGGAUUUGGAGACCCAGGCUUUGCAGUGUUUCUCCCUUGGCCAGAAGUGUAUUCCUGUAAACAGUAGUGGAGACCAGCGACUGUGCUUUGUUUUGACAGAAAACGGACUAUGUCUGAUUUUGUUUGGUUUGACUCAAGAGGAAUUUUUAAGCAGACUAAUGAUCCACGGAAGUGCCAGCAUUGUGGACUCUCUUUGUCAUCUCAACGGGUGGGGGAGGUGCUCGAUUCCCAUACAUGCCCUGGAGGCCGGGAUAGAAAAUCGUCAGCUUGAUACUGUAGAUUUCUUCUUGAAGAGCAAGGGAAAUCUUUUUGCUGCAUCCUCAGAAUCUUCUGUACCUGAUCGAUUUGAUCACUUUCCAUCCCAAUUAUAUUUAAAAAAUGUGGAAGAGCUGACACCAGCAUUGGAUUUACUUUGUUCAGCAAUUAAAGAAAAUGAUUCUGAAACCCAAAGCAAACAGUUUUCAGAACAAUUGCUUACUCUUACACUGUCAUUCCUGAACAAACAAAUAAAGGAGCUUUUUAUUCACACUGAAGAGCUAGAUGAACAUCUGCAGAAAGGAGUGAACAUUUUGACCAACUACAUUAAUGAGCUUCGAACUUUCAUGAUAAAGUUUCCUUGGAAGCUGACAGACACUAUGGAUGAAUAUGAUGUAGAUGAAAAUAUUCCUGCAGUAAAGGAGAGUACUGUUUGGGAGAAGCUCAGCUUUGAGGAAGUUAUUGCUAGUGCCAUUUUAAACAACAAAAUACCAGAAGCACAAACCUUUUUCAGGAUGAAUAAUCAUUCUGCUCAAAGACUCGAGGAGCUGAUUAGAAUAGGCCUAGAUUUGGUCUUUGUCAAUUUAAAAAACAGCAAUAUAAAGGAAGCCUCUGAGCUUUUGAAGAAUAUGGGCUUUGAUGUAAAAGACCAGCUGCUCAAGAUAUGUUUCUAUACAACUGAUAAAAAUAUUCAGAACUUUUUGGUUGAAAUUUUAAAAGAAAAUAAUUAUCUUUCUGAAAAAGAGAAAAGAACUAUAGACUUCGUACAUCAAGUUGAAAAGUUUUAUUCGGGAUACCUCCAAGAAAAUAUGCAGAUCCAGUUUUUUCCCAGGUAUUGGAUAAAGGAACAAGAUUUUUUCAAGUACAAAUCUGUUUUGGACUCAUUCCUCAAAUAUCAUAAAGAUGAGUUUAACAAACAAGACCAUAAAAUUGCAUUAAACUGGGCUCAGUGGUGGGAUCAGCCAACACAAGAAUAUAUACUUCUUCCGAGGAUAAGUCCAGAAGAAUAUAAAUCAUAUUCCCCUGAAACCCUCUGGAGAUACCUAACAGCUCGCCAUGAUUGGUUAAGCAUUACCUUGUGGAUUGGAGAAUUUCAGACCCAGAAAAAUUACGUGUCACUUCAGCAGCACAAGUGGCCCCCUCUGACUGGUGAUGUUAUUGAUCAGAAUACUUGCUGCAACAACUACAUGAAGAAUGCAGUUUUAGAUAAACUAGCCAGGAAUGGAAUUUUUCUUGCAUCUGAACUAGAAGACUUUGAACUCUUGCUCCUAAGACUGAGCCGAAUUGGGGGUGUGAUACAAGAUGCCCUGCCUGUUCAAAACUACAAGACCAAGGAGGGCUGGGAUUUCCACUCUCACUUCAUUCUUUACUGCUUAGAACACAGCCUGCAGCAUCUUCUUUAUGUUUAUCUUGACUAUUACGAACUCAAUCCUGAAAAUUGUCCUUUUUUGGGAAAGAAAGAAUUACAUGAAGCUUACCCUUGGUUUGAAUUUUUAGUUCAGUGCCAACAAGUUUCCAGUAAUUUGACAGAUCCCAAACUGAUCUUCCAGGCUAGCCUUGCGAAUGCUCAGAUUUUGAUUCCCACCAAUCAGGCCAGUGUAAGCAGUAUGCUGUUGGAAGGACAUACCCUCCUGGCCCUUGCUACUACAAUGUAUGCUCCUGGGCGUGCCAGCCAGUGCACUGCUCCUAGUGUCCUGCCGCCUGAUAUUACACUCUACCACCUCAUUCAGUCAUUGUCACCCUUUGAUCCUAGCAGAUUGUUUGGCUGGCAGUCUACCAAUACACUAGCAAUAGGAGAUGCUCUGAGUCAUCUCCCACAUUUCUCUAGCCCUUGCCUGGUAAAUAAAUACGCUGUAGUGGAACGUCUGAAUUUUGCUUAUUAUUUACAUCAUGGGCGCCCAUCAUUUGCAUUUGGUACUUUUCUGGUCCAGGAAUUAAUCAAAAGCAAGACUCCCAAGAAGCUGAUCCAGCAAGCAGGCAAGGAAGCCUAUAUCUUAGGGCUCUCUUCUUUCCACAUCCCUUCCAUAGGAGCUGCUUGUGUUUGUUUCCUAGAAUUGCUUGGCCUUGACAGCCUCAAGCUGAGAGUUGAUAUGAAAGUGGCCAAUAUAAUUUUGAGUUACAAGUGUAGAAAUGAAGACACUCAGUACAGCUUUAUCCAAGAGACUUUAGUUGAGAAAUUGUCUAAACUGCCGGAUAAUGAAAAAGCAGCCACAGAAGAAUUGCUUGUUCUCUUAGAAGAAGGUACAUGGCAUAGCAUUCAGCACCAGGAAAUAAAGAGGUUAUCCAGUGAAUCUGAGAACCAGUGGGCAUUAGUAGUACAGUUCAGCAGGCUCCACAAUAUGAAACUGAGCACUUCCUACCUUAGAGAAUGUGCCAAAGCAAACGACUGGCUGCAGUUCCUUAUUCAUAGCCAGCUCCAUAACUACCAACCAGAGGAGGUGAAAUCCCUUCUUCAGUGUUUCAGCCCAGUCCUUCAAGACCACUUACAGCUGGCUUUUGAAAACUUGCCCUCAGUGUCCAACUGUAGAAUGGACAGUGGUCAAGUCAGUACCGAGUUCCCUCAGGAACUCCAGAGAAACAAAGAAGAGAUGAUUAAUUUCUUUGAAGUUCUGCUCCUGUGCUCAGCACAGCCAGACUCCUGGCGCUGGCUCCUGGUUGAGGCAGUGAGACAAAAAGCCCCUGUCCUCAGUGUCCUGGCUUCAUGUCUCCAGGCUGCCAGCACUGUUCCCUGUCUCUGUGUUUGGAUCAUUACCUCUGUGGAGGACAGUGUUGCUACCGAAGUAAGGAAUCAUAUUCCGGGAUUGACAGAAAACUGUACCUGGGACCUUGAGGACCUUUCCAUAGUCUGGAGAGCAUUGUUAACAAGGCAGAAGAGUAGAACUCUUAUCAGAGGUUUCCAGCUUUUCUUUAAGGAUUCCCCUUUACUAUUGAUGAUGGAGGUAUAUGAACUGUGUAUGUUCUUCAAGAAUUAUAAGGAAGCCACCGCUAAACUCUUGGAGUUCCAGAAGACCCUUGAAAGUCUUGACACAGCAACUACAGGAGUCCACCCUGCCCUCCCUGUUGCAUGGAUGAGGGACCAGGUGUGUUUCCUUCUGAAGCUUAUGCCACAGCAGUGUCAAACACAGUAUGAGCUGGAGAAGCUCUUACAGCUGUUUGUUGGAGCAGAGCAUCUCUUCUCUGAUGAUCCAGAUAUAAAGAAGCUGUGUGUCCUUAGCCAAAUUUUGAAGGAUACAUCCAUACCCAUUGAUCAUACAAUUAUUACCAGCUACAGCCCUGAAAAAUUUCAGCAUGAAUGUAGAUCUAUUUUGGAAAGACUGCAGACAGAUGGACAGUUUGCUUUGGCCAGGAGAAUAGCAGAAUUAGCUGAGUUACCUGUGGACAACUUGGUUAUUGAAGAGAUAACACAGGAAAUGCAGGCACUAAAGCACAUUGAACAGUGGUCCCUGAAACAAGCAAGAAUUGACUUCUGGAGAAAAUGCCACGAGAAUUUUAAGAAGAAUUCCAUUUCAAACAAAGCAGCUUCUUCCUUUUUCUUCUCCCAGGCCCAUAUGGCCUGUGAUCACUCAGCUGGAAGAGGCAACACUGAGGAGCGCCACCUGCUGCUCACCCUGGCUGGGCACUGGCUUGCCCAGGAGGACCCGGUGCCCUUAGACGAGCUGGAGGAGCUAGAGAAGCAGAUCUGGGUGUGCCGCAUCACCCAGCAUACCCUCCGAGGGCAGCGGCAGGAGGCAGAGCCCAGAUUUUCUCCACAGAUCUCAACUAGUGGUGAACUUUCCUUUGAUAGCUUAGCCAGUGAGUUUUCCUUCUGCAAGUUGGCUGCUCUGAACACACCUAAAUACUUGGAACUUGAUGGCCUUCCAAACACAGGGACUUGUGAGAGUAGACUAGACAGGAAGGAGCUGGCAUCACUGAACUUUCUGGUUGAGCGCCUCCUGGAUGAUGGCCACGUGCACGAGGCAAGUAGAGUGUGUCGGUAUUUUCAUCUCUACAACCGAGAUGUUGCCUUAGUGUUGCACUGCCAAGCCUUGGCUUCAGGGGAAGCAAAUGUGGAUGACCUGCACCCAGAGAUCCGUGCUCUCCUACAAAGUGCUGAGCUGUGUGAGGAAGAAGAUCCUGACAUCCCAGGGAAAGUCCAAAGUGCUUCAAGUACGGAUAGUCAGUCAUUUAUGAUGGCAUCCCCAAGUGAUGAAGUGGUAAUGAAUCUGGAAACCCUGACAAGCAAAUGCCUUUAUGGGAAGAACUACUGCCGGCAGAUCCUCUGCCUCUAUGAACUUGCCAAGGAGUUGGGCUGUUCCUACACAGAUGUUGCUGCCCAGGGUGGCAAGGCCCUACUUCAUGCAAUCCUGGCCUCCCAGCAGCCUGACCGGUGCAGACGUGCCCAGGCCUUCAUCAGUACUCAGGGCCUCCCUCCAGACAUUGUGGCAGAACUUGUGGCGGAAGAGGUGAUGCAGGAGCUGCUGACUCCUUCUGAGGGAACAGGACAUAAGCAGGUGUGCAGCCCAGCAGAGGAAAGCCAGACAUUUCUUCAGCUGACUGCUCUGUGUCAAGAUCACACCUUGGUAGGAAUGAAGUUGCUGGAUAAGAUUUCUUCCGUUCCUCAUGGACAUCUGUCUUGCACCACAGAGCUCCUGAUCCUGGCUCAUCACUGCUUCACCCUGACAUGCCACAUGGAGGGCAUCAUGCGAGUCCUGCAGGCUGCCCGGAUGCUUACAGAUAACCACUUGGCUCCCAAAGAGGAGUAUGGGCUGGCGGUCCGGCUCCUCACUGGCAUUGGAAGGUACAAUGAGAUGACGUACAUAUUUGAUUUGCUGCAUCAAAAACACUACUUUGAAGUGCUGAUGAGGAAGAAGCUGGAUACGAAUGGGACCCUGAAGACAGCCCUCCUGGACUACAUUAAACGCUGCCGCCCUGGGGACAGUGAGAAGCACAACAUGAUUGCCCUGUGCUUCAGCAUGUGCCGAGAGAUCGGGGAGAACCAUGAGGCAGCCGCCUGCAUUCAACUGAAGUUGAUCGAGUGUCAGGCCUGGGAGGACAACCUCAAGGAUGAGCGGAAGCUGAAGCAGCUCCUGUUGAAGGCCCUGACCCUGAUGCUGGAUGCAGCUGAGAGUUACGCCAAGGACUCCUGCGUGCGACAGGCCCUGCACUGUCACCGGCUUACCAAGUUGAUAACACUACAGAUUCACUUUCUGAACACUGGCUACAACACAAUGGUCAUCAACUUAGGCCGCCAUAAGCUGAUGGACUGUAUCAUGGCCUUGCCUCGAUUUUACCAGGCAUCUAUUGUAGCCGAGGCCUAUGACUUUGUUCCAGAGUGGGCUGAAAUUCUGUACCAACAAGUGAUUCUUAAAGGAGACUUUAAUUACUUGGAAGAAUUUAAGCAGCAAAGAUUAUUAAGACCCAGUGUCUUCGAAGAGAUUUCAAAAAAAUACAAACAACAUCAGCCUACUGAUGUGGUCACAGAAAACCUGAAGAAGUUACUCUCAUACUGUGAAGAUAUCUACUUGUAUUACAAGUUGGCAUAUGAACACAAAUUUUAUGAAAUUGUAAAUGUGCUUCUGAAGGACCCUCAAACAGGCUGCUGUCUAAAGGACAUGCUUGCAGGCUAGAUGAUCUCAGAGAUGC